AUGCUGGCGGCGGGUGUAGCAGCUUCGCUGUUGGCGCUGCUUGCAGCAAACGGCACCUCGCUGCUCGACUGCGUCUGCGACUACAUCUUCCACGUCACCGGGCCGCCCGGGAGCAGCUACGGCGAAAAGAAGUUGUGGUGGACCUACUGUCAGUAUCCCCGAAGCUAUGACGUGUACGUGACGUGCGACAACCUGGCGCCGCCGUCUGCUGCGGUGUCGGCGGUGGCGCCCCUGAUACCGACCAGCAGCAGCAGCAGCAGCCGCUGGCCACCCGCAUGGGUGGAGGGGUGCGGCGGCGCUGUGGAGGCGGUCCGCGACCUCGCCAGAGCCACGCCAGACGAGCUGCACUCCUGGGACCUGUGCUCCCUCAUCGCCAAGCACUGCAUCCACUCCUCCUGUGUCCGGGGCUGGACUAACCUAGAAUGGGACGCGGAAAUUCUGGCAAUGGAUCAUCUGAGGCAUUCCAUCCUCGUCCAGUUACUGAAAGCUGCUCGGCGCAUCACAAGAGCCAUAACCGCCAGAUUUCAGUGCGCCUUGCGAAAUACAUUAUCUUUCAUUCAGUCAUCGAGGCUGAACGAAACUGAACUCCAGGCCAAGGUGGUGGUCUACCUGGAACACCUCUCCAGCUACUGGCGAGACUCGGCGCAGCUGCUCUCUCUCAGUGUGGACGACGUCUCAUGGCUGUUGGUCCCCCUCGCCUUCGAGCACAUGGGAAAUCACACGAAUGAAGAGCGGCUCCAUGUAUGGAUUAAGGACAUGGAACGCGUGAGAGUUGGGUGAGCGAUGUGAGGACACUCAGCGAGCAGAUACCGUACUACAGGGUGGAAGAGGACAAGAAGAAGCCUGGGAAGUACAUACUUAGGCGCCCCGUAUUGAAUGAAGACCUUCUCUCCUUCCACCAGGAGCACCCGUCAUUUCGUGGCAGCUUCGGUGCGCUAUGCGAGGAGCGACACCCAGGGGCAUCACAAAUGUUCAGUCUUGCCGACGCACUGCACUCCCUCUAUCAUUACAACCUGUUCUACGAGAUACAUCCUGUAGGUGUCGAUCGCUUUAUAGAUGAGGAGUGGCAGCUGGAGGACAGAAGCAAUGCUACCCUCUCCGUGGACACUGGCUGCAUGCAGCUGUUGGCGAACGCUCUGGACCACCCC